AUGCUGAGCUGGCAGCAGCAGCCGCCAGCCUCUCCUCGUCCUCCUUCACCGGGAAGAAGUUGUAAAGCCAGGUUAGAUAUGGAUUUUUUGAAAUUAAAAUGGCAAUUAUGGAUGGCUUUGCUCGGGUUACUUAAAAAGGCUCGUGCGGAGGGGGGCCCUGCGGUGGUUGGUGGUCACUGGAUUUAUGUCUUGAAUGAAAAACGAGGUAGUGAGUCAAAAAAUAAAAAUAAAAAAACCAAUGAUUCACUCGCGAGACAGAACAUGUUGGAUUACGCGUUCGUGUUUUUACCAUAUCUGCAGUGGCUGAUGAGUAGGACAAAGAUGUCAUUUGGGACCAAAAGGUAA